AGGACCAGAACCAAAUCCUGUGCGGAUCGACCCCAUCCCCAUAGUGAGAACUGACCAUUCGACUCUUUAGAUAAACUAGGUUUACUAAGCCAGUUAUGAUAAAAGUGAUCAAGUAGGUCGAUACGCCAAGAAGGAGAAGAACUUGUAGAUGAUGCGAUCAAAAGGAAGCACCUUUUUGAAGUUCAACUAGAUCGCUUGUGAAGAAAAAAUAUCCCGAUAUUUAAUUACCCCCUAAUAUCCUACUGAAGACGAUCAAUACUCAAUUACGAUCUCAUUAUAUUAGUCAUUCGGUAGCCCACCAAUUCAUUUAGAAACAUGCUGAUAAAGGAAGCAAUUAACAUGAUCGCUUCUUCUAAUGGAGUUACAUCACCUCAGCAUGUUAUGGUCUGCAACUAAACGGGUUCAUUACUUUCGAUCGUUUGGCCUUGAAAUGCUCAUCAUCAAUCGCGACUAUAAAAAUUUUUGUAUCAAUGAAGAACUAACGCAAUUUUACUCACAAUUAACAGCAAGUCUUUAAAAACUACAGAUUUAAUCGCACGAUCACACGCACGAUACCGUUCGGCUAUAAACCUCUUAUCAUUCCAUAGGUAUUAGGCGCGCAAUAAAUCUUAAAUUUGUUAGGAAAUUUCAUCGGCAAAGGCAGGCGGUACUUGUUAACCUGUUAAUCAAACAUGCACCGAUCGGAUCGGCCAACUAUAAUGGUGCACUAGCAAAAUUUGGGUCAUCAAAAUACUCAACGCUGUGGGAGGUCGUUGUUCUGCGGUGUCCUGCUAGGCAUUUUAUGGUCUCGAGUACCCGAGGCGUCAACAUACGCAGAACAUGGAUAGAUAAAAGCGACAAACCUAUCUUAAUGGGUCAGAUUAAAGGGUAGGUCACAUUAGUUCUUGUUAUAAAAAGUAGCUGACCAAGAACUGGAAAUGUUAGUCGUUGGCUACGGAAGCGUUAGCACGGUGAUAGAACAAGAUGUUACCAGUUAAGAUUUGUCCAACUCUGGCAGGAGUGAUCCUAGUUUGCAGUGUGGCAGUAGUGGUUUAUGGGCUGGACAAUGGACUAGCCCGAAAACCACCGAUGGGAUGGAUGAGUUGGGAGAGGUACCGAUGUAUAACGGAUUGCAAAAAAUACCCGGACGAGUGUAUCAGUGAGCAGUUGUUUAAGCGAAUGGCCGAUCUGAUGGUAUCCGAAGGCUACCGGGAUGCUGGUUACGAGUACGUCAACAUCGAUGACUGCUGGAUGGCAGACGAGCGAGAUGAGGACGGUGUGCUGCAACCGAACAAGGAAAGAUUCCCCAACGGAAUUAAACAUCUAGCCGACUAUAUCCACGAAAGAGGGCUAAAGUUUGGAAUUUAUCAAGACAUUGGCACAAAAACGUGCGCCGGCUAUCCUGGCAUGAUGGAUUACUUCAAGCUGGACGCCCAAACGUUUGCCAAAUGGGACGUUGACUUCAUCAAGAUUGAUGGCUGUUACGCUGACGUGGAGCUGAUGGUAGAUGAUUACAUCAAGUUUGGUGAAUUUAUGAACGAAACAGGCCGUCCAAUACUGUACUCUUGCUCGUGGCCCGCCUAUCAAGAGUAUAAUGGUAUCAUCCCGGAUUACGAGCAGCUGAAGGAAACGUGCAACAUGUGGCGUAACUGGGGAGACAUUGAGGAUUCGCAUCAGUCGGUGGUGGAGAUUACGAAAUACUUUUCCGACCAUCAGAACCGAAUCGUCCCACAUUCUGGACCCGGACAUUGGAAUGAUCCUGAUACGCUGGUUCUGGGCAACUAUGGCUUGAGUUACGAUCAGAGUAAAUCUCAACUAGCCGUGUGGACUGUACUAGCUGCCCCACUUCUUAUAUCGAACGAUCUCGCUAAGGUUACUCCAGAGGUUAAAGAGUUGCUGCUCAACAAAGCCAUCAUCAAGGUUAACCAAGAUCCGAUGGGUAUUCAGGGAAGACUUGUAAAGACCGUCAACAAGAUAGAGAUCUGGAAGCGACCCAUAUUGCCCAGGGCGGGCCAUGAGCUGACGCAAGCAGUUGCAUUCGUUUCACGCCGUGCCGACGGUGCACCGUACACCGUGAGCGUGAAGCUGCGGGAAGACGUUGGCCUCAGCAACAGUACCAACAUCAAGGGUUACAAAGUUUACGAUCUUUUCGAACCAAGGGCGGUUCCGUUUCUGGUACGCACCGGCAGCACAUUUGAGACGAGGGUAAACCCAUCCGGUGCAAACUUCUACCGAUUUGUACCACAGUUUGGAACGGAUUUUAUCAGCUUCUAGUGCAUGUAGUGGUAUCGAUAAUGGUGCGGAGGGGGGAAGAAAGACUGAAUGCGUACGAGCGGAAGAAUCUUGGGAGGUGUUGGCAACGUGUAAAAUAAAGUCUAAUGCGCAUUACUGCAAACGCAACAUACUUUGCUGCCCACGUUGUUUCCGGUUUCUGGGGUGUCGUGCGUUCCUCUCCCUCCAACGCUGCGCCCCUACCCAGGUCCCCUUUUCUAGCUGUGCUGCUGUAAUGCUUCCGUCAACCUGCUGAGAUGCCAAGGUCAGUGAAACAGGCAUUCUUCCAUUCCUUUCCAUCCGUUCGUUGACCCGUCGCUGCGAACUUUUCUUGCCCAUGCUCAUCCGUACGCUUACAGUUUCGCCGUCAUGUUCGCUUGAUGCUUGAGUUGUGGUGCCUUACCCAACUCGUACCUGAGCCGGCGCCAAACUACAUUUGCACUGCAAAGCUGCAACGUUCCAGAAUGGGUUCCAGAUGCGGAAAGGGGUGGGGGGCGGGGGGGAGGAGGGUUUGAUUUCGUAAAAGAGCUAAACAACAAGGGAAAACGGAAGGGAGGAAUGGUCCGAAACCGUCUGUUGCAUCAUGUGAGAAAAACGAAAAGAAGAAGCUACAUCCGCUCUUACGUGGCAUUCCAACAUUGGAUCGCUUUCUGUCCGGUUCCAUGAGGCGUUCUGUUUGACCGUAAAACAAAACGGUGAAAACAAACAAGCAAAAAUGAGAAUGUGCAUUCGCGCUUCGUGUGUACGUGAUCUUCAUCUAGCGGCGAUCGUUACCAGUGGCAAAACUUAUUAAAUUUAACACUGACUGGAACGUUUCCAUUUUAAUGACAUUGAUUUUUGGGUGUUAAAUAUUUCUUCCUUGCAGUUCAGGACAUGGUUUUUAAAUGUCUAUUACAUGGUUAGAAGUACAAAAAGAUAUACAAUUACAAUGCAGCCCCUUCGCUGAGGAAAGAAAUCAAACGCUUGCUAGUGUGUUUGAACCACUCAUUGGAAAGCAUCAUGCAGCUUCAUGGUCAAUCUCAACCGUUUUUGGGGUGUGUACAAAUUGUGUUGCUAUUCACACGCACGCUAGAUGACACACUUUUCCCCCGCCACAGACCAAAAAAAAAACCUGGCUCGAAUGUGCGGAACACUUUGAAUGGAAAUUAAAUUUCACUAUAUAGACAGAUACACGCGUGUGCCUUCGGUGCUCCAUUAGGCCUCUCCCUUUUAGUACAUUUUGAGUUCCUAUUUCGCUUUUUUUUUGUUGGGGAAUCAUUUUGAAGAGGUUGUUUUUUUGUUGUUGCUUCGAGACGCAAAGAAUUAAUCGAUUGAACAUUAUUUAAUGAUAAACAAAUUUUUCGUACUUGAGUGGUGGUUUAAGAAUGGUGCGCGGUUUCGUGGGGGGGACUAGAUUCAUGUUGCGCCUGAAGUGCGAGUGAAGUUUAUUUUUUGUAUACAAUUCUGAGGCGAAAUCUGACGGUGCACGCUACACUUGAGAUAAAAAUAAGUAACUAUUCCGUCUGCUAUAAACGCGGUAUGCCGAUGCAUGCAUCUGCACAGACAAUGCGUCGGAUAGUCGUUUACAAAACUGCGGAGCAGAGCUUGCACAGGAAUCGAUAAAAGAUUUUGAAAAAGAGAGAUAAAAAAGCAUAUGACCGAGGUGUGACUUUCGAUCGGCGAACAUUGGAAAAACUCCUAAAGGGGUUGUGACGAUGUUUGAAUCGUUCGUAUUAUGCAAUGGACAUCACCCUCCAAAGCAGACAUACAACCACUUUGCUGGAUUGAAUUGGUAAAGGUAGGACGGAAGAAGGAAAGGAUGGACCAUCUUUAACGAAACCUGCUGCUUCCCAUCAAGGUUCGGUAAACACGCUUCAUCUGUAUCAACAAUCGGCAACGAAAUCGGCAAGAGUCAUCUACCAUCCACUUACACACCAUUUGUACGCAUGAAGGUGUAAAUAAAUACACCAAUUCUUAUUACAACCAUCGUUAACGAAAAGCGCUAAAACAUUAAAAUUUAUCCAACUAAUUCAGAGUAUCGACCGACAAAUGGUAUGUGAUAAGGUUAGCAACAAUCGGUACUGGAGCUUAAUUGAGUGGGACCACACUUCACUGUACCUGUGGCUACUGGUUUGUAAAAAUCACGUGUGGUCUUUUAUGUGGUAUUGGUUGUGGCCACUUAACGCAUGCUUUCGCUAUCGCUUGUCUCUCGACGCGCAGACUAAAUGCGCCUCGUCGGCUGACACAUUCUAUGCCGUAGCGGCCGUUCCAAAGUCCAACCCAGUCCAACACACUGAGGAGAUUUUUUUUUUUGGUUCAGCUCACUUACUUCGGAUCCCAACGGAUGGCGUGACACGCUGCAACAAUUUUUUAUAUGUGCUUUUAAACGUGUUUUCAUGAGUCGUUAAAGAUGGGCUGUGAGCUUCCUCACUGCACUACUGGAAUUAAGUUCUUCGUCGAUCGUUUCAAGGUCAAGAGUAUGAAAUUAUUACCAAACAAAAAGGUUGAGGUAAAAUCAUCUUUUCCAUUAUUACAUUCGAUCUUGGAUAAAAUCUGCGUCACUAUAGGCCGAUUUGACGUCCAUCGGAUAUCGCAUUCUUUCGUCAUUCGUUAACAUCAUGCUUCUAUGAAUUUUUGUGGUCUACAAAGUAUUCCAGACAGGAUCUUGUAAGCGGCACAUUGAAACGUUCGAAGGUGUGGUUUUUUUCAUUAAAAAUUCACCGUCCGUUCAUCAACUCUUUCUCGGUUAUAGGGCGAGGCUGGACAACGGCCGAUGGAGUUGAUGAUAAAUGUUACAACAGAUACUUUAUGAAAUAGCUGCGACCAGGCUCUACCCCUAAAACUACCUCAAACCAAUGUUUUACGGAAUAGAAAGCGAGCUUCCAAACAAAACCAACGAAAAUCCCCCUCGGUCCAGGUGAAGAUGGGCCACGUAAUAUGGUUGGUGAGCAGACAGAAACCAGUUUUUCCUUGACGGCUAAAGAUGGUACAGUGCGUGCGUCCGAAUGUUGACACCCCAUCACACACAGGGCGAUCGAUCACGCAGCGAUUGCGUGUACGAGAGAGCAAACGGCGAGCGAAGAUCGAUCCAUGAUGAUCGCGCUUUUUUUGGGGGGCGAAUUUCUUUCAAUUUGUAAAACGCAUUGAACGCACGAUGAUUGUCAUACAGUUCACCAUACAUUUUGUCUUGAUACUUCGCAUCUCGUAUAAAAAAAAAUGAACAAACCAAUUAACACAACCGAUCGGACACCAAACCACGGGUGGGGAGAGGAAAAUUCGUACACGAAAACAAAAAAAAAAACAACACCACCCUGGAGUGCC